AUGACACAACCCGCGCCAGUCCCCUCUCCCACGAUCGCUCAGGAAUCCUCUACGGCGCCAACCGAAACACUUCCUGGCCUUGAAGAAGCUGGCCAUGACGAGCAGUCACCUGUUGGACUACAUGAGGACGGCAUCGCCGAGGAAGAGCUCCCCAAGCUUCCGUUCCGCUUCGACACCGGCAUUGGUCUAUACGCCAAGCGACCACCACGUCCUUUCCCACCACCAUUUCUCUCGCCACCCUCUGGUUCUUUCAGCGACCCUCUCAGUACGCACGAUCGCAGUCGAGACCGCCGCGCAGCCUAUGUCAAUGGGAAGUUGAUACGAGGUUAUACCAAUGGCGACGAUGCUGUAUUUGCUAGCAAAUACUUCGUUUGCGCAAACGACGGCGUGGGCGCAUGGAGUACACGACCCCGAGGGCAUGCUGGCCUCUGGUCCCGACUGAUAUUACACUUUUGGGCCAGCGCCGUUUUCGAGGACGCCGUACGGCAAGGAGACGCCUACCGCCCCGACCCGAUCGCAUCUUUGCAAAAAGCGUACGAACAAACAAUGGAAGCGACGGCAUCACCGAACGACUGGCAAGGCACGACGACGGUCGCGGGCGCACAGCUACAUUACCGUCGCAAGCUGGGAGAACCCGGUCAGGACGCUGCUGAGUCUGACAAGGGUCCCGCAAGUGGAGGUGUCACGAAGCUGACAGAUGGGGAUCGGUCGUCUUAUCAGAGCGCCGAUAGCACUGGCGACGCUAAAGAGCAGGGGGAGACUAAGAAAACGGACAACAGCGGAAGAAGCGAUGUGGAGCCGUUGCUUUACGUCACCAACCUUGGCGAUUCGCAGGUGAUGGUUGUGCGGCCGUCAACACGGGAAAUCGUCUACAAGUCGACCGAGCAGUGGCAUUGGUUCGAUUGCCCGCGUCAACUGGGCACCAACAGUCCAGAUACCCCCCGUACGAUUGCGGUGGUGGACGAGGUGCCAAUACAGGAAGGAGAUGUUGUACUCGCCAUGUCGGAUGGCGUUAUCGACAACCUUUGGUCCCAUGAAAUCUCGGAGAAGGUAUGCGAGUGCAUAGACAAAUGGAGGGCGGGUGAAGUGAAGGUGACCAAGAGCGCUCUACGGGGGACCGUGCUAGACACCGAUGCUGGCAUGAUGGGCUUCGUGGCGGAGGAAUUGAUGGAAGCGGCAAAGGCCAUUGCUCUGGAUCCGUACGCGGAGAGUCCAUUUAUGGAACAUGCUAUUGAAGAAGGUCUUGCCAGUGAAGGUGGCAAGCCAGACGAUAUCAGCGUCGUUGCAGCUAUUUGCAAAAGGAACGAUUGA